CCCUCACGACGUGGUGGCGACCCAUGCCAGUUGCCCCAGAAACUUCUCCGUGCCGCCUCUCCCUUGCGGUGCAGCUAACCUUCAGGCAAAAUGGAACAAAUGCUGUGUAGCAUCGGUGCAUACGCAUGGAUGUACGACGAAGAGCGGCUAACUGGAUGCCACCGUCCAUGCGCAAGGCAACUACUUUCAGCGUGUCAUCGAUUCAGUGAAAGUUGGACGACGACUCGACGUGCAUACGUGCAUCAAAGACUCAUCAGGCAUGCAGACGUUGGCACCGCACAUAUGUACGUACGCACACUGGAUUCGCCUACACUCAUGGAGCAUUGUUGCAUACAUGGUCGAAUUCAAGAGAAUUCACCUGAGGACUCCAGGAGCACGGCCAUAUCCACAAGGAGACGCAGGGGAACACCGACACGACUAGCCAAGCAAAACGCGUCGCCUUUGGUUGGUGGACCUCGGGAUGAAUUCGUUUUAGCUCAAGUGACUGGUUACCGUGGGUUCGCCAGUACGCGCCGUCCCUGGGCUCGGAAAGCAAGAACAAACUCCGAUAGGAAUGUGGGAUAUGCCGGUACGACACUGGACGUUUGGCGCCCGGAGUGGUUUUGUGGUGAUAAGGAGCAUUUGGAGAGCUGGGUCAGGUACAUGCGACGCCAUGAGUGCAAGCUUUAUGAUCAAUUUGGAUGCCUUUGCGCGAAAUCGGUGGGUGCAACACACAUCUGCCGGCCUUCAGCUAGAAGUGUUGAGAAUGUAGGAAUCUUGUAAACCAACGCCCCUCUCGGACUUGCCGGUUUGAUUCAAUUUGGGUUAAAGGUGUUCAGAGAGCGCUAUCGACACUGAAGACCGUGUUAGGAACGUGCCAGCGUGCACCUGUAGUCCGCACCACCAUCUCUCCACAACAACCUUUUUCCAUAUCUCAAUACGUGUACCAAAGCCAAGUUAUCGCUGUCGCCUCCGUCUCGCCCCUUCUGCCGGACUCGCGCAAACCCCCGGCAUCAUCUCUC